GGGUGAUGAAGUCGACCUGCGGAUCCGCUUCGGCUAGAGAAGGAAGGUCAUGGAUCGCUGCGUGUGGCAUACCUGAUUUGUGGAGUUUCCUGGAGUCUUUGGUCCUGAGGAUACUAGGGAUGGAAAGCCUUUCCAGAAAUCCUAUCCAUCGGGGUUCUUUCUAACAACAAGCAAUCAGGGUGAUCUCCUGGCCAUGUGCUACGGCGGAUCUCACCUGUGGAAGAAAGCACUAGCGGAGCCUAGUAAAGCUGAUGAAGCUGUGCUCAGUUCAAGGAGGUUUGUUCAUGUCAUAGGGAACCACAUGACCAGGCUCCAGGUUUGCCCAAGUGUUGCUUGCAGAGGAAUUGGUCUUUUGUUCAGGAAGAACGGAAGAAGGGGUCCAUAGUGGUGAAGGUGAGAUCAGAGAUGUUUGAAGAGUCUUUUGGAGGCCAGAUGUUUAAGGAAUUUGACCAAGCUUGGAUUGAAUUGGCUCAAGUCUGGGCGGUCAAAAAGCACUGUUCCGGGCAUUUGAUUCAUGGGAGUUGGAACGUCCCAGACGUGGGAGUUGGAGGUCCAAUGCCUUACAGACGCUGUCACUUUACCUGUGAAUGCUAGCAUGACAUGUGAGGAGUUGCGGCAAGCUAUUCAGGAACACUUGGGGAUCGAUGCUGAUCAUCAGGUGUGGCAUGCCAAUGGAAAGCGCUUGAAAUUGUACAGUUCUCAACGCCUGGAGGUUCUAACUGGGACAUCCCUGAUGACGGUCCUGCGCUGUGAACCAGCACUAAAGCCUCUACCCCAGCGUUUUGCUCUUCGAUUCACCUCUGCCCGAAGACGGCUCGUUCGCGCCAGGUUUCCCAGUCGCUUUGUCAUCGAGUAUCGGAUUCAAGCAGAUGUCAAGCAGGGCAUCCUGUUGUUUGAGCCGUGGAGGAAGAACGAUCACGAUGUCAUGACGUUCGACUCCAAAAAUCAAGAAGUGAAGAUCGAACAAGGUCAUUCCAUGCUAGGCUCCACCUUCAGUACCCAAAGCAUGAAGGUGGAUGCUUUGGUGGAACUCAUCUCCCUGUGGCAUGGCGAUUACUUGGAGCCCGACCAAACUCCAUUCUGGAAGGCUCCUUCAGAAAGUCCUGCGGCGAAGCAGGUCUACGAUGAUGGCCAUUAUGCUGCCAUUGACACUCACAAACCUCAGGCACUUCCUGACUAUGAUGCUCUUCCUGGCUGGUUCGUGGCGCCAGAUGAAGAUUGCCAAGAGAUCGAGAUGGACCUGAGGCUGAGCAAUCUUUUCCCUGGAGCACAUUUUCUGCGCAUGUUGGUGAAGAACGGCGAACCAAUACGUGUCGCCCUCUCGGGCGGUCGUGUGGGGAAUCGCUAUAUGGGCAUUGAGGAAUAUGACGUUCGACUUAAAGAACUCCAGCCCGAUGAAAGCCUUCAAAGCAACCCCUGGCAACAUGCGAGAGCCCCCGUUGGUGGGCAAGGGUACCCCGCCCACAUCUUGCAGUGAUUCUGCGGCGCGCCAUUUGAAUCCAUGAAACACGUGCAGAUGACGGUGCAGAGGCGGAA